AUGGGAGUUUUUCAACUGCGAGACCGCAGUGACUCUCGCUCAUCUCCACUAUCUCCACGUCGCUUGUCGGUUUCCAAUAGCAUGGGUCGAGAAGCAAUUGAUGUUCCUGUUGAGCAGGCAAACGGUGGCACACCUUCCCGGACGUUAGGUGUCGAAUCGUUACCUGGCGGAGGGAGCUUCAGAACCCCGAGUCGUUCUUUUUACCACCGGUCCUUUAACAAUAACACCAUAGAUCCAGCCCACUAUUCGUCUCAUGGCCUCCGGGAGCAAACUGCCGAGCUGGCAUCGUUUGCAUUAUCUCUUAACGAAUGCUCAUUUCCAUACGAACGAAGUACUCUUCCUCCACCUUUGGAUAUCUUCCAGCACACAGUGGAUGCAGACGCUGCUUCAUCACCCACCGACACCAUAGUUCCCGAGAUGACAGAACCUGUAGACACUGAACCUCAUCCUGGGCCUGCCACGGGCACCUCGGUGUUGACGGAGUUGAUCCGGAACCCUUCUGACUCUCAUAAAGACAGCUGUAACCGUCGGGAUAGCGCUGCACAUUGGGAUAGGGUUGGCGAGGAUAGAGCUUCCGUAGGAGCUCUAGCGGCCGACGGACAUGAGCCUCAUAUCAAUGAACGGACUUCCUUGCUACCUAGAUCCUCGCAGUCGAAGCCCUUUUGUGGCUAUGGAGUAGCGGAAGAUGUCGAGGGCCAACGUGUUGCAGUCAAACAGAGAACUGAUGCAUUCCAUAAAGCCCUUUCAGAUGCUGCGAUCUGCUGUCGGGUAUUGACAAACCCAAAGUCUUGGGACGGAAGGAUCAUAUGGCAAAGAGGAAUUAUCAAACCCGUUUACCUUCUUCCUUCCGUCUUCCUCGGGCUGCUGCUCAAUAUCCUCGAUGCCCUCUCGUACGGAAUGAUUUUGUUUCCGUUGGGUGAGCCCAUUUUCUCCGACCUAGGGUCGGACGGUAUCUCAAUGUUCUACGUCAGCACCAUCAUUGCUCAGCUGGUCUUCUCUUGCGGGGGCUCAGUCUUCCGCGGUGGGAUCGGCAGCGAGAUGAUAGAGGUCGUCCCAUUCUUCCACCAGAUGGCCUUCACCAUUCUGGCGCGUGUUGGUCAGGACAACCCGAGAUCAGUUCUGGCAACGUGUAUCCUGGCUUUCUCUGUCAGCUCAAUCCUGACAGGGUUGGUGUUCUUCCUGAUGGGAACAUGUGGCCUGGGGUCCCUCAUUGGAUUCUUUCCAAGACAUAUCUUAAUCGGCUGUAUCGGUGGCGUAGGUUUCUUCCUGCUGCAGACGGGCGUCGAGGUGUCUGCUCGACUUCCUGGAUCUCUGGAAUAUACGCUGCCUACGUUACAGAAGCUUUUCCAUCUGGAUACCGUAUUCCUCUGGAUGAUACCUCUCUUUCUUGCUGUUGGUCUUCUUGUUCUGAAGCGUUUCGUACGGUCAAAUUUCUUAGUUGGUGGUUAUUUCAUCGCUGUAUCUAUCAUCUUCUACAUCGUCAAACUGAGUGCUCGGGUGACAAUGGAGGCAUUGCGCAACAAUGGAUGGGUAUUUGAUGCUCCGUCGUCUUCCAACCCCUGGUGGCAUUUCUAUACGCUAUAUGACUUUUCUGCCGUCGACUGGUCUGCCUUUCUCGACACUCUCCCGGCCAUGUUUGCUCUCACCUUCUUUGGCAUACUUCAUGUUCCGAUAAAUGUUCCAGCCCUUGGAAUCUCCACCGGCGAGGAUAAUUUGAAUGUUGAUCGUGAACUCAUGGCCCACGGUGUUACCAAUGCUUUGUCGGGCUUUGCAGGCAGUAUACAGAAUUACCUAGUAUAUACCAAUAGUCUUCUAUUUAUCGACAGUGGGGGCAACUCUCGUCUAGCAGGGAUCAUGCUUGCGGCAGCUACCGCGGGCAUUCUUGUCAUUGGCCCAGUGAUAGUUGGUUUCAUCCCCGUCAUGAUCGUUGGAGCCCUUAUCUUCAUGCUGGGCAUUGAGCUGAUGCAGGAAGCCUUGGUGGACACCUGGGGCAAGUUACACCGCCAUGAAUAUCUAACGGUGGUCAUCAUUGUCAUGACUAUGGGCGCCUGGGACUUUGUCGUUGGCAUCUUCGUCGGCAUCAUAUUAGCAUGUAUGAGCUUCGUCGUUCAGACGUCACGUAAAUCCGCCAUCCGAGCGACGUACUCGGGGAAGAUCACUGGUUCUACAGUCCGGCGACCACCAAUCCAACAGCGAUUUUUGAGAGAGGCAGGGCAGCAGACGAUGAUUACGAAGCUCGGUGGCUAUCUGUUCUUCGGGACCAUUGUAAAUGUUGAGAAUACCAUGCGAGGGCUCAUUGAAGAGGUGGCAUUCAACAAGCGUCCAAUUCGGUUCCUCAUCCUCGACUUCACCAGGGUAUACGGCAUGGAUUUCUCAGCAGCUGAGGCAUUUACGCGCAUCAACCGGGUUCUCCGCAAGCGGAAUGUGCAGAUGAUUAUCUCCGGGCUUAAAGUACAGGGAGAUGUGAGUCUCAGUCUUCAGAACGUUGGGCUCUUCGCGCCGGAGAAUCAGGUAGAAAUAUUUGAAGACCUCAACUCGGCUCUAGAAUUCUGCGAGAACGACUAUCUCAAAGUGUUUUAUAGCCACCGCGAAGCACUACAGAAGAAGGCCAGCGUCUCGCCAACGUCCUUAGAGGUCCCGAGGGCCCAUAACAGCCACCAUAUUCACGACGCUAUGGUGGGCUCCCCUCGUUAUCGGUACUUGCAGCAGGCUGCUACUACUACUCUCCGUGAGGAUGAGACCGCAGCUGUCGUACCGACGGCAUGGUCGGCCAUGCGACAGCCCCUUCCUCUUCUCUUACAGACGUUCCAAGGAUUGACAUCGCGAAAUGAGGACUUCUGGUUUCCGGCCUGCGCAUACUUCUCCCGCGAAUGCUACAACGCUGGCACCGUCUUAUUCCAGGAAGGUGACACUCCAACCGCAUUCUAUCUACUGGAGUCGGGAAUGCUACGCGCCGAGUACGAGUUACCUCAGGGACGGUAUUUUGAACUCAUUGUGGCAGGGCGACCCUGCGGGGAGCUGCCAUUCUUCAGUGAGACUCCGCGGACAGCGACAGUCAAGGCGGAGCAGGACUGCGUGGCUUGGUGCCUGAGUGUAGAGAAAUGGCGGAGCUUAAGGGAAACCGAACCAGGAAUUGCACAGGAACUCCUAACCGUCAGCCUCAAGUUGACGACAGAACGAAUGGACAGCAUUACCUCUUAUGUUCUUACGACAGCAGCAUGA